AUGAGUAUGACGUCUGAAACGGCCGAUUCGACCCCAACCGCCAACUCCGUGGAUUCAGGUUCCCAGUUAAUGCAAAAUCCCGCCAAGAUGUCCGCCCAGGCCUCGGGCGCCGAUGACUCCAAUGCCAAGUCAAGAUCUCAGCCCGGUCAAGUCCGCUUCUCGUCCGUCACGCAUGAGAUCGAACCUUCUUUGCAGUCGCCCGAGCCGGAAAAAGCCCAGGCCGACACGCCCAAGAAGACGACCGACGAGGAGUUGCGUUCGCUCGCUAGGAGCCUGCAGAGUUCCCAGCUUCAGGAGUCUCGACUGCGCAACUUCUCCUUCGACCCAAUGUCUCUUCCCACAUCACGAGUUGGAUCACGAGAGUCGAGUGAUCGGAGUCAACGAGAUGGCAACAGCUCAUAUGUGACCUCUCCCCACGCAUCUCCCCCCGUCUCCGCAGUACAGUCACCUCCUCUGACCCCCGCCGUCACCCAUUCCCGCGAAGGUCGAUCCAGCGAGAGCACGGCUUCACUGAAUGCCGUGGGCCGAGCCAAUGCUCAGGCAUCGGCUAUUACUCCUGAAACAUCGCCUCCCGUCAUAUCCAGUGAAAAUAAUGGCACCCAACGAAGUGCCCCAACUUCGCGCCCCUCCUCCACCGAACAAUUGUCCGCAAAGCAAAGCGGUUCAUCCGAACCUCCUGCGCAAGUCUCCAAUGUGCCACGACACCGAGCUCAAUUCUUCAUUGGGACCGACGCCACCAGCUCUCAAGAAGAGAGCCCUCCUGCAACCCCGAGGGAAUCGUACACGCCACCGGGUACCAUCACACCAAUCGGCGAACCCAACGACCCAUACGCCCGCAGCAGGCGGCAGCCACAAUCGAAGAACUUGGGGCAACUGGACGCACGGUUUAUCUUUGGAAGCCGUGAUUCAAAGCGGUCGUUUCGGCCUGGAACACCUCGGUCGGCCAGCGCAAGUGAUGUCUCCAAAUCGGGCGACAAGAAAGGCAUAUUUGGAAACAGCAAGAAGGAACACCACGAGCAGAAGAGUGGACAUGGCCACCACCAUCACGGCUCCAUGUCCGAGCUGAAGCGGUUCUUCAAGAUGGGCCACCGGGGCAAGCGACCGGAGUCGCCGACUUCCGCGGGCAAACGAUCGAGCCGAGGAUCGGGCAAGAGUACUUCAUACCAGAUGGCCACCGAAAACGUGCCUUUCGCUGAUGACCACGGGUUGAACUCCAAAUAUGGCAAGCUGGGGCGGGUCCUCGGAUCUGGAGCAGGUGGCUCGGUUCGACUUUUGAAGCGAAACAGCGACGGGGUUACCUUUGCAGUGAAGCAAUUCCGUGAUCGCCAUAGCUGGGAAAGCUUGAAGGAAUAUUCCAAGAAGGUGACGGCUGAGUUCUGCAUUGGCUCCACCUUGCACCAUGGCAACAUCAUUGAGACCCUAGAUAUCAUCCAGGAAGGAAGCCGCUGGUACGAGGUGAUGGAAUAUGCGCCAUUUGACCUCUUCGCAAUUGUCAUGACCGGCAAGAUGAGCAAGGAGGAGAUUGCCUGUUCCUUUAAGCAGAUCCUCAGUGGCGUGGCAUAUCUCCACGGUAUGGGAUUGGCCCAUCGAGACUUGAAGUUGGACAAUGUCGUGGUAAACGACCACGGCAUCAUGAAGCUAAUCGACUUUGGAAGUGCGGUCGUGUUCCGCUAUCCCUUUGAGGACGACAUUGUUCCUGCUUCAGGCAUUGUCGGCUCCGAUCCAUACCUUGCGCCUGAGGUGUACGACGAGAAGAAAUACGACCCUCGCCCCACUGAUGUUUGGUCGCUGGCGAUCAUCUUCUGCUGUAUGACUCUGCGCCGCUUCCCGUGGAAGCAGCCCCGCACCACGGACAACUCGUACCGGCUGUUCGUUGCUACCCCGACUCCUGGCACUCCGGUCCCGGAUGCCAAUCCUCGGAGGGAUCAAAGCCGGCCCAAGUUAAGCACCGAUAUUCCACCCACCGUCCAUGAACAGAAGCAGCUGCCCCCUACUUCCGCGCCAGCCCCCGAAGCUGCUAAGUCGCCCGCAAAACUUGAGCCGCCUGCGCCGGAGCAGAACGGCUCAAAGGAUGGCGAUUCUCCAACCACACCGACCUCUCCAACCGAAGCUGCGAAGAAGUCCAACACUCAGACCAGCACCAACCACGAAAAGCCCACCCGCACGACCAGCAAAGAGGCCCCUCCUCUCCCGCCAGGCUCUCAACCGCAACCAAAACAGGAGGUCAUCAAAGGCCCUUGGCGACUUCUCCGCAUCUUGCCGCGGGAAAGUCGCUUUAUCAUUGGUCGUAUGCUGAAGGUCAACCCGAAAGAGCGAGCAACCCUCGACGAGGUUAUGUCGGAUGAAUGGGUGCGCAACAUCGUUGCGUGUGAGCAGCUGGGCACCGGCGAAAUCAUUAACGCCGAGGGCCACACACAUGUCCUCGAGCCUCCGUCGCACAGUCCUCCCGUGGCCAGCAAAGGCAACAAGGCGAAAUGA